AUCGCUUGCUCCGCUCAUCUGUCAAACGACAUCACCUGUUGCUUUCACCAAUUUGUUUUUGCUUUGCAUUAUUUCAAUGUCAUUUGAGAAAUUAGCCAAUCCGCACGUGUUUAAGCCGAAUUUUCGAGAUAAAGUGUGUUGCCAUUAAUUUAGUCACUGUAAUUCAUCAACAAUACACAAUGCAAAUAACACGGGUGUCUUCUUGCUGUGGCUUCGAUCUGAAAAUGGGUGGAUUAUUCAUCGGAAGUUUUGGAGUAUCAUUUCAUUUAUUGAAUCUAAUACUGGCAUUUGGAUGGAUUGACGUCUCUUUCAAUCUUUUCUUUAUGGUUGUACAUCUCACUUGGCUGUAUGGGAUAGCUACGAAAAAUCCAAACUAUUUGAUAUGUGGACUAAUUUUUCCGGUGGCCCUUUCAUUGUUUACGAUCGGAGCGGUGUUCAAAGACUCAAUCAGAUUGUUUUCCAUCGUCUUUGAGAGCUACUUCGAUUGCAACUGCUAUGAACCCGAAAUCUCCAACAUUAUAAUCCUAACGAUUUUUGUCUACUUUGCUGUUUCUAUCUUCAUCGCGGUCGAUGCCUACAUUACGAUAGUAAAAUUUUCUUUAUACAGACGUCUAACUGAGAGUAAAACGGAGAGCAUGAGCGAUUUGAAUAUAAAUUCAAUUCAAAUGGAAACGAAUUGUCUACCAAAGGGAGAGAAUGCAAUCGUUUAAACGGAAACCAACAUACUUCUUUUCGUAAAUAUUCAUCACAUAAGAAUUUCCCAUUAAAGUCGAUCCCAAUUGCAUUUUUUCUGUAAAAAUUUGCUCAAAAUUUGUCGUAUACCUCAAGAAAUGCAUUAAACCAAUUCUAAAAAUAAAACAAAAUUAAUAGUCUCAAUAUGGAA